AUGGUGUUCGGCGGCGUGGUGCCCUACGUCCCCCAGUACAGGGACAUCCGGCGGACGCAGAACGCGGAGGGCUUUUCCACCUACGUCUGCCUGGUGCUGCUGGUGGCCAACAUUCUGCGGAUACUUUUUUGGUUUGGAAGGCGUUUUGAAUCCCCUCUUUUGUGGCAAAGCAUUAUCAUGAUCAUUACUAUGUUACUGAUGCUGAAACUGUGCACUGAAGUACGUGUGUCCAACGAGCUAAACAUAAAACGCCGCUCUUUUGCAGAUUUUGACUUGAACUAUUUUUGGCAUUGGAGCAAGUUUACAGACUACGUGCAGUGUGUCCUGACCUUCACUGGUGUGACCGGUUACAUCACUUACCUCUGGCUUGACUCAUCUCUCUUUGUGGAAACACUGGGCUUCCUUGCAGUGUUCACCGAGGCUAUGUUAGGCGUUCCCCAGCUCUACCGUAACUACCAGAAUAGGUCUACAGAAGGAAUGAGUGUCAAGAUGGUGCUGAUGUGGACCAGUGGGGACACGUUCAAGACUGUUUACUUCAUCUUGAAUCAGGCCCCUUUCCAGUUCUCCAUCUGUGGACUCCUGCAGGUUUUUGUGGACAUCGCUAUCCUGUUGCAGGUUUAUUUGUACAGUUACUACCCUCAGAAGCCUGUCCCCCACACUGCACACCCAGCCAGCACCAAGGCCCUGUGAGGCACUUAGCUGGACAGGUUGCAGGUCAACGGCACUGUGGAGUCAGCCAUGGCAGCUUCUCUUCUGCUUGUAAAUACUCCUGUGUUGCUGAGUUGAAAGUAGAAAUGAGAACAAGGACUGAAAAUCUGGCUGCACUUCCAGCUUGGGAGGUUUUAUUUUAAAUCACUUGCUCGCUCUGUUUUCAGACUUAGCUGUAAAGAACUGUUUCUUGGUGGGGGGAGGGGCACUUUAUUUUUGCAUAUGUACCUAUGAGCCUUAUAAUUCACAAAUGUUUGUAUAUUUAAUCACAAGGGCUGGAUGGUUUGUGUUUUUAAUGCUAUUUAAAAACGUUACACCACAGAAAUUAUAGGGUAUUUUGUCUGAAACUUUUACCUAUUUAUAUAAUAUAAAGUCUGUAUAUUGGCAGGAAGUUUGUGGCAUACGCUAGCAUUCAGUAUUUCCAAGAUGUAGGAAGAAGUAUUGAAGAGCAAAUGCAAGAGCUUUUUCUUUUAAGGAGGGUGUCUGGUGAGUAGAGAAGGUUGAGGGAGGGGGGCCCUGCAAAGAGGUGAGCAGCCUGAAAUGAACCAGUUACACACAGCGUAAAGCAUCAGUGCGCUACAGAGUGAAUGGCAAAGCAUUCACCCCCGCCACGGGAUCAGUGUGGCA